CCUGUCUCCUUCAUUAAUCAGAUCCACAUGACAGUCCUAACGUCACAUUGAACUCAUCACUGAAAAUGGAUCCUCGUCUUUGGACUGUGUCUGAGUUCUUACAGCAGAGGGAGGUCAGACAGCAGAACAAGGUUCAAUCCCCCAUCGUCAUGCCAGAUGGAGACUCUUUCCUGGAAUGGGUGACCUGGAACAACUCUCUCCCUAACAAUUCAGUUUCCAUUUACAAUUAUUAUGUCGGUCGCACUGAUUAUGUCUGCAAAUACAAGUGUCACGCUGGUUUUUAUUCCCCUAGUAAGGGUACUUACUGCCACUAUGCCAACGCAAAGAAAGAAUAUACUGGUUUCCCGUUUGAGGUCCUGGUGAACAAAGACAACUUUGAGAUCCUGGAGUGGAAGGAUGAUUCACGUGGUUCAGUGCCCAAGAAUUCAGUGAGAAUAUGCCCUGGAGAGAACAUAUAUGUAGGGAAGAACAAAUAUGGACUUGGUAAGGUUAUUCAAAAUAAGGCCUUCUACUUGCCUUGGAAGGGUUCUGAAUAUUCAUACAAUGACUACCAGGUCCUGACCAUCAGUGAGAAUAUAGUCAGACAGCAGAUUGACAAUGUCAGAUACACCACUCGUGGAUCAGAAAUGAUAAAAUAUCCCACAGAGAUCAUGCGUGUGUCCACCAUCAAGAACUUUGAAUGCCACCCAGUGCUGAGAACAGACACCCUCUCAAAGACGUAUGAUGUGACUCAAAGGUGGGACUUUGGUUUAUCUAUCAUAGCUGGCGUUAGAACAUUCAUCACAGUCGGCGUCCCCUUCAUUGCUGACGGAAAGAUUGAGAUCAGCUUUGAAACAACGUUCCAGUACUCCAUGGAAAACACUGUGACAGAAAGUAUCACUGAUACUGUUUCUGUGCAGCUCACAGCCCCUCCUAACACAUCCUGCUCCAUUAAUAUGAUGCGGUAUAAGUACAAGCUUACCAUCCCGUUCACUGCACGCCUCAGACGCACCUAUGGUAACAGGGAGAUCCACACCACGUCCAUCACUGGGACGUAUAGUGGUGUUCAGGUUGGAAAAGUUGAGGUGUUGCUUGAUAGAUGUAAACCUCUAGGGCACUCUCAGCCAUGUGCAUGAAAUGUAAAGUCCAACAUUAUGAUUGAAAUGAUUUAUCUGCAUGUUUGAUUAACUUCCACUUUUUAACAAUGAUGACACUCUGGCCCAGAGGCAAAUAAAAGCAGUCUAAUAGAUCUAUGCCUGUACCUUGAUAAACUGUUUGAACU